UCCUCCGACGACAACGACGAGGACGGAGCACGGAGUGUUCUCAUUUGACUUCGACUCGGUUUCAGACGAAGGGUAUCCAGGCGCCCGUGAUCCUUGCGGCCUCUGGACUACGGAAGAGGAAACGACAACCACCGAGGAAUCUACUAAAAAAAGCGAGACGGCUUCCAAGGAGAAAGAAACUGCAUCACGCAGUGAUGACCCCUCGGCGUCCGCAGCGACUGCGCCUCGACGCCAGACUACAAGACGCCCAACUAUCGUGCGGGCUACGUCUAAGUCGUCCCAUUCACCGUCAACAUCGCCAGCAUCUGCAGCAUCUACCUCACUUUUUGACUUAGGAAAGGAAAUUAAUGACGGGACAGAAAUUACGGGUAACCCCCCGCCAAUGUCCGGAGGUGAUGGUACUGCUCUAGUGCCAACAACCACUCCGCUUUUCAUCUCGGUUCCGUCCACAGACCCGAGGGUAACUCCCUGGUCGGAGUCACCUUCAUGGUCACAAGCAGUUACAAGGUCACUGUGGACGAAUGCUUCCUACGUACACCCGUAUUAUUCGUACCAACAAUCGUGUUACCAGGCCCCUGCUCCUGGCCAUCAAGAUCAUAUCACGCAGAGCACUUGGAGUACUACGCCUUCAUUGUCUUAUCGAAAACAAGGUUGGGAUGAGACGCCUGCUUCCACGGCACCCAGAAUGAGUACAUACGCCACUCCUCAACAGCAGGUGUACCCAUUCAUGAUCCCAAGUGCACCAACUCAAUCGGGGUUGAUUGCUACUCAGCCAAGCAUGAUGUAUGAGGCGAUGAGCUACUCAAUGACAGCUGGGCAGCCCUUGAUGUAUCCUGCAGUAGGAACUGGAUUAAACCAAGAUCUCAUGUACCCUAUUGAUAGCACGACCAUAGAUCUUUUUGGUACAAUGCCGAAUCCAUAUUCCGACGUCUGCGCGACAGGAGAUGGUUUUUGGAAUGCUGAAGCACGAAAUGUGGAUACCACCUCGGACCAACAGGGACGAGUUUCACUGCCGUCCUUCGAGUCUGCCUUCUGUCAGCCGUGGAGGUGCGUGGUGACCCCUGGCGUGUUUGAAGUUCAAACCAAUUGGUAUGGGGUCGAAAAUCCGCAACCAUUGGAUACAUAUUCCUCAUAUGAAGGAAUGCAACAGGAGAGCCAGAGGAAAGAGCCUUGGUGCAUUGAUGGCGUUGAUGAUCUGGUUGAAGAUGGGUAUGGCGUGCCCCCUGUGGGUGCAGUGGAUGAAAGUGAGUCAAGCUGCAACGGUGUACAGACCGCCGACGCAGGGCAAGGGGAUGAUGUGCAACAAGGAAAUGCAGUAUGAUGGUUUUUUGUUUGCUGUUAGAAGAAUUAAAAGUUUGGGUGUUUUCUUCA